AAACCAGCCAAAGAAGGCUAUAUGUGGUGGGCGACCGAAGGCUGUCACAACAUCAACCGGUAUUCUUUUGGAGAAGGUUCGCCUGCGGCCAAAGAUGAGGGCGCGCCGGAAGGGGCGUUCGUCAACGAGUACCCCUUGUCGAAAUAUCACGAACUGGCGGAACGGCUGCCUCUUUCUACCUCCUCGUUUGCGAACUCGACUGUAUCCGAGACUCCGCCCUUGAGUUUGCGAGCAAGCUGUUCACGGCCGGCGUGA